CCAACGCAUGCGCAGUGACCCUUUACUGAGUUGAACUGUUGCUCGGUAGAAAUCAGCAGCUUCUAAAAUAUGAGCUACUGGUCAGUUUGGGGGGGUUGAACUGUGUCAUAUUUAUGUGUUUUCUGCGAGGAGUUUCAUUAUUGGAUCGCCGGACUCUGAAAUCGCUGGACAUGGCUGUAAUGCAGGCGCAUCCUUCUCAAAUUUAGCUAAACGACAAGCGCACGCCUGUGUGUUAUAAAGUGAGCUUUUCACGCUGUGCUGUGCUGAUACGGUCCUCUUACUUCCUGAUGUCAACAUGCCACGUCUGCUUAGCGCACCUGCACUCGCGUGAGAGCUCCUCAAGGAUGAUGUUUGACGUCAUGGAGGAAUACAUGUGUACACAGCUGCCUGUAAAGACUUGAGUUCGUCCACUUCACCUGUUCAUCCACUUCCGCUAUGGGAAGGAUUAGUAUCUCCUGCCUGUUUCCAGCAUCAUGGCACUUCAGCCUGUCACCAGGGGUGCUGCCCCGCUUUCUGCUGCCUUCCUUCAGGCAGUUGCUGCUACUGGGUCUGUUGGCUGGGGUGACGGGGCUUCUGUACAUGCUCCUUGUUCCAGGGACCGGCCAGUACAGUUGGUUAAGAGAGGAUAAGCACCAUCACACACGUUUGGGUCGAGUACCGGAUAUGGAAGCCACAGACACCAAUAAUCCCAAUCUGAACUACGGGCUGGUGGUGGAUUGCGGCAGCAGUGGUUCUCGUGUGUUCGUGUACACAUGGCCAAGACACAAUGGCAACCUGCACGAGCUGCUGGACAUCAAGCAGAUGAGAGAUAUGCACAGGAAGCCUGUAGUGAUGAAGAUCAAACCAGGCAUCUCUGAAUAUGCAUCCACACCAGACAAAGCCAGCGACUAUAUCAGCCCUCUUUUAAGUUUUGCUGCUCAGCACAUCCCUAAGAACAAGCACCAGGAAACACCCCUGUACAUCUUAUGUACUGCAGGAAUGAGAGUCCUUCCUGAAAGCCAACAGGAGGCCUUGUUGGAGGAUUUGCGGACUGACAUUCCGGUGAAUUUCAACUUCCUUUUCUCUGACUCCCAUGUGGAGGUCAUCUCAGGCAAACAGGAAGGGGUAUAUGCAUGGAUAGGGAUCAACUUUGUUUUGGGGCGAUUCAAUCAUGUUGAGGGUGACGAACACGAGGCGGUUGUAGAAGUCCAGGUUCCCGGCAGUGACCAGCAGGAGACGCUGUUGCGCAAGCGUACAGCUGGCGUGUUGGACAUGGGGGGUGUCUCCACUCAAAUCGCAUACGAAGUGCCCAAAACUGUAAGCUUUGCUUCUCCACAGCAGGAAGAGAUAGCAAAGAAUUUGCUGGCGGAGUUUAACCUGGGCUGUGAUGCUCAUCGUACAGAGCACAUGUACCGUGUGUAUGUUUCAACGUUUUUGGGGUUCGGUGGAAAUGCGGCCCGACAGAGAUACGAGGAAAAUCUCAUCGGCAACACGCAUAUCCAAAACAAGCUCUUGGGUAAGCAUCUGGGUGAGAGCUUGGACUCGCCCAUUCUCGACCCCUGCCUUCCGGUAGACCACCAGGACGAGGUGGGUCCCCAGGACCAGAAGGUUCACCUACGUGGUACGGGAGACUUUGAACGCUGUCGCAUACUGCUCCAGCCAUUCCUCAACCACACCAAUGACACCAACACAUCGCUCAAUGGAGUCUAUCAGCCGCCCAUUGACUUCCCCAACAGCCAGUUCUAUGGCUUCUCUGAGUUUUACUACUGUACUGAAGACGUGCUGCGUAUAGGAGGAAGCUACAACUCCACCAAAUAUUCUAACGCUGCUAAGAGUUAUUGUGCCACCCAGUGGAAAACUUUGAAAGAGCGCUUCGAUCGGGGCCUUUAUGCUUCACACGCAGAUCUACACAGACUCAAGUAUCAGUGCUUUAAGUCUGCCUGGAUGUAUGAGGUGCUCCACUCAGGUUUCGCGUUCCCGACAGCGUACGAGAAUCUCAGGACGGCCUUGCUAGUCUAUGAUAAGGAAGUCCAGUGGACACUAGGAGCCAUUUUAUACCGCACGCGUUUUCUACCUCUAAGGGAUAUCCAGCAGGAAAGUCUGAAGGGUUCUCAUUCUCACUUGCAACACAGCUUCUCCUUUAUGAAUAACCACUAUCUCUUUUUGGCUUGCUUUAUGGUGGUGGUUUUGUCCAUCCUCCUGUACCUGCUCCGUUUGAGGCGCAUACACCACCGGAGUGCUUCUGCUUCCGUCCAGUGGCUGGAGGAGGGUCUGGGUUCACCAGACAUCCCUGUUAAAAUAUAGGGCCUAGACCCUGUCAAUCAUAACAACUGACCAAUCGCUAGACGAGAGCGUUAAUUUCCACGUAAUUUAAAACUCCAAUGAAGGCGCUUUGUUUUUUUCUACUCAACAUUGUUUUGCACCCCGUUGACUCCCUAUCCUACAAUCGCCAUGUUGGCCACUCAUUUGACAGUUUGUCAUCACAAAGACUGUCGUUCUUGCAUUUUCACAAAUAAAUCACAUUGGAUAAAUAUUGAAAUGACAUUUUCAGAAAUGGCCAGUGUAUUUCGAUGUUUAUGUGUUUAUGUUUAUGUGUUUGCAGCUCUACUUCACUCAUUGAUAGAAGUAGCCAUGUGUGGCUGCCUCUCCUCAGCUGUGAUUUUUCUUUUUCUUUAUUUAUUAUUGAAGAAGGCUGUGGCUGCCUUUCAAUGUCACUAUCAACGUGAAUGAAGUUGGUUGUGUGGAGUACGGUUUUGUCCCCAAUUUGGAUUUCUAUGCUCCAUAUGGCAGCUGCCUCAAACUCUUAACUCCAAGAAUCAUUUUUAGUUGAUUUGGUGGUGCCAAAGAGGAGUAAUGUUCAUGAAUUUUUAAUGUUGAAAUGUUUUUAGCAAAAGGUACUGCAUAGUGGGAGAUGUUUUGUAAUUGUCUUUUUGAAGUGCAUAAAUCUGUUUCAAAUUUCUUAUUCAAAAUAUGAUUUUUUCUCUUCUUGGCAAAUUGUACAUAAAUUGUUACCGAUGACUCUAUGUCCAUGACCAUGUCUCUUAGAUUCUAAAGAGAUGUCAAAGGAGGACAAAAAUGGAAUAGAGUGAUGGGCAAGAAUAACAAAACAAAAACCCAAUCCAAAAUGAACCUAAAAAGUUCGACUGCAAAUCUUGCAGUGUUAUAGAAUUAUUGCUUUCUCAUGGGUGCUGCAGUUAUUGCUUGUCUGGAGCAUGGAGGAUUAUGAACCUGUAUGUGCACCUUUUCUAGAGCUUUUGUGAUAAGAAUCAGUGCAAUAUUUCUGUUUUCUUUUGUGGGGUUAAAAGACAGUUCGCCAAGGUACCAUUACUGUAAUGCUAAAAGAUGUUAAGAAUUUCAGAGUAAGAUCUGCAUCUAAAAGCCAUCUGUGGAUUGUUGAAGUACACAGACUGUAUAUGGAGAUCUUUAAUGCAAAUCAAGCACAUUUCUUCUGUUUCACAAGGUGUUUUUCCUAUUUUUCUAAAACUUCUGAAAUAAGGAUGCCACCAGUGACUGCUGUAUAUUUUAGUUUAGACUUAUGAAACCACAGGUACCACACUAAAAAAAGCUGUUAUGCGAGUCGGGUUUGCACGCAGAAAGCAUCUGUUCCAUCACUGUUGAUGUUGUUAAGAUAAAAUUAAACAUCAAACAUGUUUUAUUUUCAUUUUUCAUCCUUUCUGGUGUUGUGGGUUUUUACCUGCUUUUUUUGGCACCACACUGUAAUCCACCAAAAACAGAUCUUUCAAAGAAGAGGAAUUGCAUUUUACAAUCAGGGUGAGAUCCUUUAAAAUCAUUGGUUGUGCACUUAACCAAAAUAUUAAACAAGUGUCUUGUUUCUGCCUGA